UCCCCAUUCAAUGGCUCCUGGUGCGGAGGGUUGCAUGGCCUCCGAUUCAGGAGCCAGACGCUCGGCUUACCUCCCCAAUGUUCUUCCCUCUCUCGCAGGCUUACUUCGUCCCAAAAUGGCAUCUUCCUUUUAUCAAGUUUUCCUAGUUAUUAGCCUCUGGGCUCUGAUGUAUUGUGUGUCCCCACCCAGUCCCCCCAGCAAAGGAGCCCCCCGCCCACCCUCCGCGAGAAGCACCCCUGCCUCCCAGGUGGCCGCCAGCAACACCGACUUCGCCUUCCGCCUGUACCGGAGGCUGGUGUUGAAGACCCCGAGUGAGAACAUCUUCUUCUCCCCCGUGAGCGUCUCUGCUUCCCUGGCCAUGCUCUCCCUCGGGGCCCGCUCGGCCACCAAGAGCCAGCUCCUCCAGAGCCUGGGGUUCAACCUCACGCGCAUGCCCGAGUCCGCCGUGCAGCAAGGCUUCCAGCACCUGGUCCACGCGCUCGGCGUCCCCAGCGAGGACCUGGACCUGAGGAUGGGGAGUGUCCUCUUCAUCAAAAGGGAGCUGCAGCUGCAGACAAGCUUCCUGGACAACGCCAAGCGGCUGUACGGGUCGGAGGUCUCCCCCACGGAUUUCUCCGACAGCUCCACCGCCCGGAAGAGGAUCAACAGCUAUGUGGAGAAGGAGACCAAAGGGAAGGUUGUAGACUUAAUUCAGGACCUUGAACCUCAGACAGCCAUGGUCCUGGUGAACUACAUCUUCUUUGACGCCAAGUGGGAGAAGCCCUUUAGCCCGACGUACACGAGUAAAAUGUACCCGUUUGUGGUGGGCAAGACCACGGUGAAGGUCCCUAUGAUGCACCAGGUGGAGCAGUUGGCGUUUGGAGUGGACCCAGAGCUGAACUGCUCUGUGCUGCAGAUGGACUACAAAGGAGGCAGCACGGCCCUCUUCGUCCUCCCCAGUCCAGGCAAGAUGCGGCAGCUGGAGCAGGCCUUGUCCUCCAGGACCCUGAGGAAGUGGAGCCACUUACUCAAGAAGAGGUGGAUAGAGGUGUUCAUCCCGAAGUUUUCCACAUCUACCUCCUAUGACCUGGAAACCGUGCUCCCGAAGAUGGGCAUCCGGGACGCCUUUGACAAAAACGCCAAUUUUUCUGGAAUCACAAAGAAAGGCUUCCUGAAAGUUUCCAAAGUGAGGGCGCUGCUUAAGGACCGCUGCCCGGAGCACACAGCACCCGUAAAGGAUGGACAGCAACGUCCCCCGACCCCUGCCUUCAGCACCCAUGGCCGCCGGCAGCACCUGGGUCAGAAUCUCCGCCAACCCAGGGGUCCAGAUCAUACUCGCUGUUUGCUGCUGGGCCGGCGGGAUGGAUACGUGGAAAAAGAGGUCCCUUUCUGUUUGCUAAUCACCCAGGUCCCUUCCUGGUUCCAGGAACUGGACGGACAAAUAUUGACCCGGCUGCUGUGA